UGAACAUAGUGUAGGCACUCAUUCACAGGACUGCUCUUACCGUUUGGCUAGAAAUUCACCACCAAUCUUGACGAUUAAAAUGCACUGAUGCGAAUUGCUUUUUAGCUACUGAAACGUUAACAUUAAACAGCAUCAAAGCCUUUUAAACACCCAAAGGACAUAUACAAAGAGGAAAGAAAUAACUUCGUGGGUCAGCGUUUUUUCUUUGUGGACGACGCGCAGUGCAUGUUUGUAAAGACACACUGCGCACUGAUAUACGUGCAGUUGAGAGGCAUCAAACCGAGUCUCUUUCUUACUACAAUGCUCUGAACUUCCAACUGUUGAUCCUAAAGUUUCUGAACAGCAACACCCAGGCUGGAUAUAAACUCGAUACCCUCUCCACAGGACAAGACAAAAAACGGUCAUUAUCCGUGUUGGUGUUGCUCUCAUUGAGGACGAAUGCGAUCGGUUAAGCUCGAUUAAUUGGUAGGACAAAUUUGAUUAGGAAAAAAAAUGUUGUCUAGUUUCAUCGUGUGCGUGCUGGUUGUUAGUGCGGGCGCAAUGGCGGUGAAAAAACCCGUCUUGAAUGCCCAGACCGUGUUCGGCAUCUCGCCAAGGGAAGGCGAAGACGAGCGCAAACCUUGCGCUACUCCAAAGUACUUCACCUUUGAUCAAGCCGAUUUCAUGACGACUUUGGAGGAAGGUCGUCUUACAGUGGAGUACGUUAACUUUCACGGAGCUUAUGACGAAGUUCUGAAGAGGUACUCUGUUGAGACGUUUCUGGACUUUUUCAAUGGCACACUGCUCCACCUGAAAGUAAUAGCGGAAUACGAUGAGGGAAAGGGAUACCUUGUACAGAGAUUGGGAGAUGAGAUCGAGUGCGAAGUAUAUGACCUCGAGGGGAAAAAAUUCCCGGAGGAGUUCUCUUUUCCGGAGGAUGCUACGUUUCUUGCUGACUCAACCUUGGGCGAUCGUGAUCUCACUGUGGAAAGCUGGUACUACGUCAGCGAAGAUGGAACCAAACACAACGUGAAGACCGUGACGAAAGAUGAAUGUGUACCAGUGUCACUGUUCAGUCGUAAAUUCGACCCCGAAACUGGGGAGGAACUUGAAGUGGUGAAUGGGCAAGUCAUCAAUUUUAAACUUGGAAUCUGUGACCCGGAAAGUUACUUCAAAAUCCCAGAGGAGUGCAAGGAGGUGGGAGUCUCGAAAGAGCUUUCCAAGAAUAUGAAGAAGAUGCAUCGGUUUGGCCUGAUGUAAUGCGUUGCCUUCGUGAUUUUGAGUCGUGAAUAAACAAGCGAAGCUCCUGUCUUGAUGUCAACUAUGCGUUAAGUGUCCUUUGUGUUGUGGGUUUAUCUCUUAAAGAUCUUGAACUGUUUUAUUUGCUCUUAAUAACUUACGUACUUUUAACUGAUAUAUGAUCCUGGUAAUGCACGCACCAUAUUAUUUAGAAAGCAGUUUUAAAUUUGAUGCACGUUUCCCUAUUUUUUUGUGAAGUUUACGUAUUUUAAAGACUAACAACACUUCAUCCCUUGCAAUAAAACUUUAUUCACCACAUCUUUGAUUUAACAUUAAUCGUAAAAGAUCUAUAAGACAUGAUUUCAAGGCAAUUUAGGAUGACUUACUUGAUGGAUAAGAGCAUCAAAAACAUGUAUUUGUAGCUUGAACAAACACUUAUUUUACAUUACAGUUAUUAGAAACAUGUUAGGUAUUCUUUAUCCGAAACCAGUUACGAGUAAAUAUAUUUAGAUGAACAAUAAAAUCAUUGCAACUGAAUCCAUUCAGCGUACAUUAUACCCACACUCUUUAUUGUAUGAAACUCAAUAUUAAAAUUUGCCAGAUACCGAAUUUUUUGGGCAAACUUGCCUCGGAAAUACGGGCUAACAGGAGGUCCAGGUCCCAUACAUCAAUUUUCAUUUCACAUCCAGGCCAAUCAUUAUCUCCGUGGACACCCUAGUCCGAUGUACGUCAAUUUUCAUUUGGUACCCAGGCCAUCAUUAACUCAAUGCAUGGACACACAGGUCCGAUGUUCAUCAAUUUCCAUUUUGCACCUCGGCCAAUCAUUAACUCAUUGCUAUGGAACACAGAGCACACCCAACCCCCAAGAGUACAUGAGAGGGAAUGGCUGACCCCUUACAAACAGUACAAACUUACAAAUACCAAAAUCCAUCAGACUUUCUGAGAAACAGUAUCCACUGUUAACAGUAACCAUAAUAAUCAUGAUACAUGUCAAAUCGUGUAUGCAUUAGGAUAAGGCUGUCUCCGAAUCCUGUUAGAAAACGCCAUUUCUUAAACCACAGAUCGCUACAAGUCCCUAAUUCGGACAGGGGCAAGUCCUCAUCACUCUAGUGGGAAAAACUGAGGGGGGGGGGACGCCUUACUGCAUCACUUUGGAGCCAGCCCCUGACCAGAAACCAGAGACCUGUUUUGGGCCUUGUGUAGCAGUAGUGCCCCUAAUCCAAAACAUUGCAACUUUGGAAAGAUUAAUAGCUAUUACCUAAAAGUUAACAACAUGCUCAUUUUAAUUGUCUGUUUCCACUUCCAGGGGCACGCCUUGAAGUAACCGACACCAACCAUGAUGAAGUUCCGAAACCAUUUUGAUUAUUCUUUGGGGGGAUUGACAGUGUUAUCGGAAACGAAGUUCAGAGCAGAUUCUGUCCUGGUUAAGGGAAAGCUGUUUCGUGAAUAUUCCUCUUUUAAAGUGUAUUAGCCAAGCACAUGCACACUUUUGGACCGGUAGCAUUUUGUAAAUCGCGACUUUGCAAAAGAGGCAGUCCGCAACCACAUGACUUCGAUAACAACACGGUGUAUGCCAUAAAGAAUAUUGCAGAACCUAAUUAGGAUCGUGUAUUCGAAACCGAACAAAAAAGCAAAGCAGUGUUCCAAAGCUAUUUUUUCUUUAAAAAGAUGAUAAAUGUACGUACCCUACAGCGUAUGCAUCGACAACUCAGACGUGGGCUUAUGAUACUCCGUAAUCAGUGCUUAUAGUAGGUUAAUAUGCACGAUUCACCAUGUGACCAACACUUUAUAUAAACAAUAUAAAGAUUUCAGAGGGAAUGCCAAACAUUAGCCUUCUUGACUCAUUCAAAAGUUUAUUUUUGGUGAUAGGCUACGCAAAACUGAUGUGUUUCGUAUUUCAGUGUAAUCUCUUUCGGGGCAUGUAUAUCCAAUCUCCAUUUUGUUAAAUCCAUAAUUAUGUUGUGUCAAAAUGACGAGGGUUGGUACAGUCGAAAAGGUUGCUAUAAUUGUACUCGUAUGUAAUUCAAUCUUUAAACGUUUUCAAUCUAAUGACUGGUUUUGCGCAUCAGAUUUCAUGGAGCUUGUAUUACUCGUGGAUAAUGAUAAUGUAUAACAAUUAUGUAAAUGACUUGGCUGUAAAUUUCAUUCUCAUAUGUCCCACCCUCUAUCAGUAUUUAAUUAGUCGAAGUUUAAAUGAAUUACCACAACAAUUUAAUCGGCACAGACUCACGAAAUGUGUUUGUCUCGCAUUUAUAAUAAUAGGCUGUCUCUUAUUAAAGGUGUACUUGAAAUACCAAACAUAUGCUUACUCUUACUUUUAUAUCGCAUUAGUUUUUACUUUCAUUCUUAGACCCUGCUUUUACUCAAGUUGUUUCACGAAGUUAAAUAAAAUGGUUCUCUUUUUUUAGCAAGGCA